AAUCUAACUUUCAUGUUUACUAAUAAUAUAAGGGGAACUGCUGAGUGUAAAGGUUUCCAGUUCUCUGGCUUCAUAUUCUCUAGUUUGUCAUUUGCAUAAUAAUAUAUUGGCAGAUACAGCAAUUAAGGGUAGAAUACAUAUAUUUAAUUGAAAGCUGAAUAUGCACUGUGUGUGUGUACCACUAAUCCUCAUCACUGAUUGUUACAUUUUUCUAUAUUGGCUAAAUCAAGUUGUCAAAGGAGUAGGAAGGAGUAGAGUACAUGCGAAAAAAAAGACAAAGUCCAGCCUCUAAUCCUGAAGAAAGCGUUCUCAUUGGUUGUUUCAAGUAUCACUCACGUGCGUUUUUCAUGGACCGGGAAGCAGUAGCACUUGUCUUGACACGAUUAUAUAAUGUCGAUUCAGUUUGUACUGUUUUGUGUGAAAGGAGCCAGUGGGAGGCGUUUCUAUCACCUAGUGAAGUGUUUUAUUUUUUUCCAUUUUGAAUUUGAGUAAAAUUUGAGUAAAAAUAUUACAUUUUUGGUCUAACGUUUUAUAUUUAAGUAUUUAUUUUACUUGUUUAUGGUUACAUAUGUCGCGAGCCAAUUAUUAGCUAGCCAGCCAUACAGGCUAGAUAGCCGAGGUCUUGUGGAUUGAUAGCCCAGCUAGCUUUAGCUAGUAGCGGGUAGCCAAGUCCAGGGUAUACAGCAACUGCGUUUAAUCCCUGUUUUUACUUGUUAAAGAAAAUGAAGAUAACGGUUGAAUUCGAGGAAUGUCUCAAAGACUCUCCAAGAUUCAGGUAGGCGAAGUGACCUCAUCUUUGUUCCCACACGACAGUCAUGGUUUUAUGACGGUACCUGCUAGCAGCAUGUGUUCCCAGUCCAAAACGACCUCCGUAAUCGGUUUACGCUACCACAUCACCUCAAGGGCCACUGUAGAGGAGGUGGAGGGGGAUGUCGGGGAACUGGAGUCCAAACUUGACAAGCUGGUGAAGCUAUGCAUCGGGAUGAUCGAUGCCGGCAAGGCCUACAACACUGCCAAUAAACAGUUUGUCAAUGGAAUCCGCGAGCUCGCUGCAAGCUCCACCAAAGAUGAUGUCAUCGAGUCCAGUCUCACAAAGUUUGCCGAGAGUCUGCAGGAGAUGAUCAACUAUCACACGAUUUUGUUUGACCAGGCCCAGCGAUCAGUCAAGACCCAGCUUCUAACUUUUGUGAAGGAGGACCUACGUAGGUUCAAAGAGUCCAAGAAGCAGUUUGACAAGGUGAGCGAGGAGAAGGAGGCGGCGCUGACUAAGAAUGCCCAGGUGCCGCGCAACAAGCAGCACGAGGUGGAGGAGGCCACCAACAUCCUGACGGCCACACGCAAGUGCUUCCGCCACAUCGUCCUCGACUAUGUCCUUCAGAUCAAUGUACUCCAGUCUAAGAGAAGAUCGGAAAUCCUCAAAUCGAUGCUGUCCUUCAUGUACGCCCACCUGACCUUCUUCCACCAGGGUUACGAUCUCUUCAGUGAACUACAACCUCUCAUGAAACAGCUGGGGGGACAGCUGGACCAGCUGGUGGUUGAUGCAGCCAAAGAGAAGAGGGACAUGGAGCAGAAACACUCCACCAUUCAACAGAAGGACUUCUCGAAUGACGACACCAAGCUGGAGUACAAUGUGGACGCAGACAAUGGCAUCGCGAUGGAGGGCUACCUGUUUAAGAGGGCCAGCAAUGCCUUCAAGACAUGGAACAGGCGCUGGUUCUCCAUUCAAAACAAUCAGUUAGUUUACCAGAAGAAAUUCAAGGAUAAUCCCACAGUGGUGGUGGAGGACUUGCGGCUUUGCACAGUCAAACACUGUGAGGAUAUUGAACGCCGCUUCUGCUUUGAAGUGGUGUCCCCCACCAAGAGCUGUAUGAUGCAGGCGGACUCUGAGAAGCUGAGGCAGGCCUGGAUCAAAGCUGUCCAGAACAGCAUCGCCACUGCCUUCAGGGAGCAGGGAGAGGACGCUGAGAAGCUGGACCGGAAGUCUUCCACGUCGACUGGCAGCCUGGAAUCAGGCGGCGAGCCCAAAGAGAAGUCACUAAAGGGGGAGAGUGCCCUCCAGAGGGUCAUGGUCAUUGGGGGCAAUGCCUGCUGCUGCGACUGUGGCCAGCCUGACCCUCGCUGGGCCAGCAUCAACCUGGGCAUCACCCUCUGCAUCCAGUGCUCCGGAAUACACAGGAGUCUGGGGGUCCAUUUCUCCAAGGUGCGCUCGCUCACCCUGGACUCAUGGGAACCGGAACUACUCAAGCUGAUGUGUGAGCUGGGGAACGGGGUCAUCAACCAGAUCUACGAGGCUCGGCGAGAGGAACUGGGAGCCAGGAAGCCAAGGCCAGCAGACCCCAGGCAGGAGAUUGAGGCCUACAUCAGGGCCAAGUACGUGGACCGACAUUUCGUGCGGCGCCCGUCUGACGAGGAGCUGCGCUCCAAGGUGGUGUCCCUGUCCAAGCAAGAGAAGAGGCUGAGCAGCAGUUCGGAGCACUUGCCUCCCCGGCCGCCCCCACCCACGCCCAAACUCCGGCCUGCCUCCAAUGCCUCAAGUCAGUCAGCUGCCACCAAGGGCUUGGAGGCCCGCCGUGACUCUCUCUUCUGUCCAGACGAGCUUGACUCGCUCUUCUCCUACUUUGACACCUCCGCCAAGCUUAGGAGCAUAAGGAGUGCGGACAGUGGCAUCCAGAACAGUGCUGAUGGGAGUAGGGAGAUGCUGGCCACCAUCCCCUCCACGAACAGCUUGGCUGAAGCAGAAGCUGCCGAGGCACCUCCCAUGACUAUGCCUGCCACCCUGCCCCCUCCGUCGCCCUGUAAGGAGGUGGUGAUAUUCUCGGAGCCCAAGGAGUACUCCCCGGGACUGCAGCUGUACUGGGCCUCAUGUGCCCGCAGCCUGCCUGACAUGGCCGAGGCCCUGGCCCAUGGAGCGGAGGUCAACUGGGUCAACACCGAUGACGAUAAGAGGACCCCGCUCAUCAUGGCUGUGCAGGGGGGCUCUUUGGUGACCUGUGAGUUCCUUCUCCAAAAUGCGGCCAACGUGAACCAGCAGGACGCCCAGGGCCGAGGACCACUUCACCACGCCACCAUCCUGGGUCACACUGGACAAGUGUGUUUAUUCCUGAAACGAGGAGCCAAUCAGAAAGCGGCAGACAUUGAUGAGAAAACGCCACUAUCCAUGGCAGUGGACGCUGCCAAUGCAGACAUUGUCACAUUGUUGCGAUUGGCCAAGAUGAAUGAGGAGAUGCGGGAGGCGGAGGGGCCCUACAUGCAGUCAGGAGAUGAAACCUACCAAGACAUUUUCCAGGACUUUUCCCAGAUGGCGUCAAACGACCCGGAGAAGCUGAACCGCUACCAGCAGUACGACUCGCAACAGAGGCCAUGAGGGAGGGAGAUGCUACAACUCAGGAGGACCCACUUGGAAGUGUGCAGAUAGGUCCGGAAUUCUAAUGGGGUGUGCUCAGCACCAGUAUCAGAAGGCCGUUUCUCCAGAACCUUAAUGGCGAAGGUGUCUGUCAUAUAGCGUUUUUUAUUGGUUUUCAUGGUCUACAUUUUUACCCCUAGAGUAAAAAAUACAUUUCAAUGUGGUGUUUUGGUAGCAUGUUUUCAUAGCAUUGGUCUAUUGUAUAUUAAGCUACAAGCGAGAUUCAUUAUGUCACAAUGUUAAACAUUAAGGUUAAUGGUCAUCCCCCAGGUGAACAUAUCCUGCCAUCUUACUUAAUUGCACAAGGUCCCACUUUCCUAGUCUUAAGUCAUCACUGAUGUUUACAGUGAAACUUUGAAGUGUGAGUCGAUGUACAGUGCACGUUGCUGGUGUGUCACUCUUCCGAUAAAAGCCCAUAAAUGUGGCACAUGCAAAGAUUGAUAGUGGGUGAUUUUAGGUGUAAAAAUAUAUUGUCAGAUUCUCCAUGUUGGACACCAGACUUGUUGUCUGUUUGUGAGGGGAUUGGGGGGUAGUCAGUAGUGUUUUUGUUUUGUUGUGUAGGGGAAAACAAGCCGUAUGUUGUUUAAGAGUAUCAUUUUAUAUUCAAUCUCAUGUUGGGAUUGAACCCGGAAGCCAGUCGCACCAAUGUGUCGGAGGAAACAAGUCAGCGUGCAUGCGCCCGGCCCGCCACACGAGUCGCUAGAGUGCGAUGGGACAAGGACAUCCCGGGCCGGCCAAACCCUCCACUAACCUGGACGAUGCUGGGCCAAUUGUGCGCCGCAUCUGUCGCGACCGGCUGCAACCCAGGUCUGUAGUGACGCCUCUAGCACUGCCUUAGACCGCUGCGCCACUUGGGAGGCCCUGUGUUUGUCUGUUUCUGUAUGUUCAUGUUUGAGUUUAAGUACCCGCUGUUUCUGAAAUGCUCACUAUUAUAUUUCAAGCUCAAGUAUUUUUGCCUCCUGCUCAUUGGAUAGCAAAAAACAACACCUACAAACAAUCAGUGUAGAUGAAGAGGAGGAGACCAGUAACCUUUUACUGUACUGGGCAAAAUCAUGGUCACCUUAAACAAAAGUAUACGCCUCAUGGUUAUGGGCUUUCAAAAAAUACACCUGUACCAUGUCAGAGUUUAAAAGUAUUAAAUUGUGUUUGUGUCCCAAUAUUUAACUUUAUAUACACAUCACAGAAGACUGAAAUAUAACAAAACUGUUUGAGAUACACCAGAUCUUUGUUUUGAAUUAUGAAAAAAUUAACAUUCCACCCAUGAGGCCAAAGGUGCUUUUGGUCAUAGACUGCAGGAAAGUGCCACAGAAGGAUUUCUAAGCCUUGAGACAUGGAUUGCCAUUGAGGGUGAAUGGGCAAGACAAAAGAUUUAAGUGCCUUUGAAUGGGGUAUGGUAGUACUGUAGGUGCCAGGCGCACCGGUUUGAGUGUGUCAAGAACUGCAACACUGCUGGGUUUUUCACACACAAAUGUCCAGUAUGUAUCAGGAAUGGUCCACCAACCAACCACUGUGGGAAGCAAUGGAGUCAACAUGGGCCAGUAUCCCUGUAGAAUGCUUUUGACAACUUGUAGAGUCCAUGCCCUGACAAAUUGAGUCUUUUCUGAGGGCAAAGGGGGUGCAACUCAAUAUUCUGUCGAUACAUACUACUGUCAAUCUUUUUGGCAUUGCAUUUACAAUACGAAGAGCUCUUCAGCCCAUUAUACCUGGUGCUAACAUGCUUUCUGUGUCCGUAUCAGCUCCACAUUCUGAUUAUGCCCACAUUUUUAUACCUGUUUAAACUAUUAAAAUAAUACCUCUGGAUGUAACAUUUCUUUGACUCUCACCUGUAAAAACCCACCCACUGAGCUUUCAUCCAACCAAGCAAUUCAUCCCUGACUGUCUGGAGGUGGUCAGGAAGAUCUGUUCUUUAAAUUGUCUAUACCUGUCUAAAAAUGUGGGCACAAUCAGAAUGUGGACAAGAUCAGGACAUGUUAUGUGCAGGUAUAAACGGGGCUAUACUUAAUACAACAUGGGAUAUCUCUUGUACAGAUUUUGUAUAUGCCUACGUUAAAUAUAAAGUAGUGGUACCAGAAUAUUUAAAUAAGCUCUUGUAAAUGCUGUUCAUUUUCUUAUUGUCUUUUGAUAUUCUCUCUCCCUAUACCACUCAUAUGUAUACUAUCCAUGUAAUUAAGGACUAUAUUAUAUUAACUGCAAAUAGUGGACUGAAAAUGUAUUGCUGAAUGUUGAAUUGUUUGUUUGCUUUGUCAGAUUGAUUUUAUAAAUACAUUUUCCGUUGUGA